GAUAUUCAUUUCUUUCCCGCUAUACGUUGUUUCAUUUUAUCAUAUUGCAUCGCAUAUAGCGUCUUUUAAUUUCUGCACAGCGCUGAAUAAAUGAAGCGACAGUAGUUACAGUACGGGUGUGUUGUUUGUGUUUCAAGACAGAGUCAAGCAACCAUAGAAGAAUUGUAGGAUGAAAUAUUUGUCAUUUUUAUAUGUUGUCAUUAUAAUGGCUUUAUUAAUUUUGGGGACUGCCAUUGUUAAUAUUGAUGUGACAAAAAGGUCUUCAACACCCAACCGAAAGAUUGUGGCGUCACACGUUAAGUCAGCUCUGACGUCAAAUAAUGCGAAACUAGUGACGUCACCAAGCGUUAAGAUUUACGCUAUAACGUCGACUUACAAGAGGCCCGAACAAAAAGCGGAAUUAACAAGACUUUCGCAUAUGAUAAAACAUAUUCCAAGCUUUCACUGGGUAGUAAUUGAGGACUCGAAAGGGAAAACUCCUUUGGUUUCGAACUUUCUAAAGAAAUCAGGGUUGAAUGUAACUCAUCUGUGUAAGAAGAACGGGAAGCGUAUCGGGCAUGGGCCAAAGGAUUUACUGACAAGAAACUUUGCCCUUAAUUGGGUUCGAAACCAUCUUGCGAGAAAGGAGAAAGGAAUUGUAUAUUUUAUGGAUGACGAUAACACGUAUGACCUUCGACUAUUUGAAGAAAUGCGGACAACGAAAAUUGCUGCAGUUUGGCCUGUUGGUUUGGUUGGGAAGGUUUUAUACGAAGGACCAGUUGUAUGCAGAGGAGAAAGGGUACAAAAAUGGCGGACAGGAUGGAAAGUCGAAAAAAGAAAAUUUAAAGUUGACAUGGCAGGAUUCUGUGUUCAUACGGAUUUGCUUUUACAGAAACCUGACGUUACUUUUAAAGACGUGGCAACACUAGAAGAUGAUUUUUUAGUUGACUUAGGUCUCACACCUAAAACUAUUGAAGGAAAACAUUGCGAUGAAGUAUUGGUGUGGCAUACGAGGACAGAAGUCACGAAUAUUAGUCACGAAAAAUAUGCAAUAGCUCGUUAUAAUGCCACCCUUAUUGAAGUGUAAUACAAAUAUAACACAAGACAGGGUUUUAACUGUAGAUUUUAAGAAUUCCAGCUUUUUCAGUUCAUAUUUGUUUGGUACAACAGUUGUUAUCGCGCUGUACUGAGGCCCAGAGGGUUCGUUUCGUGUUUUGCGCUUCUUUCAUUGUGAGCGUAUGCAUCUUCUUGCGAUACACUUAACAUUUAGAUUGCAUUCAUUUAUUUAUACAUGACAAGACAGUUUACUACGAAACGUAAUUAAAACUCGAAAAUUCUAGUUUCCAGCUUCUGCUGAUGUGUAAAAACGCCCUGAUUUGAACUACUACCACUAAAUGGGUUCACAUGUGCUUAUUUUAUAAAUAAACGAUGUACUGCUAUGCUAUAUGGGUAUUUUUACUGUUAUCUGGGUCUUGUUAUAUUAUUCACAUAUUGGUUGUUUUUUUGUUUUACGUGUUCGUUAUUAAACAAAACAUAAUUUUUGAU